AUUCUAGAGAGUGGUACAAUUGGCAACACUUGCAAUGACAGUGGUUCGGCAUUCCCACUAUUUAUAAGCAAUGUCAAGCUUUUUGGCUAGCUGUCAAAGGUGUAUACAGACUCAAAUAAAUGUGAAACAAUGCCGACUGAAUGGUGACAAUAUCAAUCGAUUCAAAUAAAUUAAUUCCAAGCAAAAUUCAUUGAGUUUUUUUUUCAAAUUAUAAAUACACAUAUACGCUAUGCGUCUGGUCAAGCCGACAUUUGUGAAUCACAAUGGAAAUCCGAUAUUUUCCAUUGAUAUACAUCCGGAUGGUAGUAGAUUUGCCACAGGUGGUCAAGGCAAUGAUGCCGGCUUAGUUAUAAUCUGGAAUUUGUUGGCCGUCAUUGAUGAGAAUGUUGAAAACAACAACAAUGUUUCGAAGAUACUCUGCCAAUUGGACAAUCAUUUGGCUUGCGUGAAUUGUGUACGCUGGUCAUCAAAUGGAAUAACACUGGCAUCGGCCGGUGAUGAAAAAACGAUUAUACUUUGGAAACGUAGUCAAGCUGCACCGGUAACGGUGUUUGGUAGUACAGGACAACAGAAAUGCGUAGAAAAUUGGCGAUUGCAAACAACACUUCGUGGUCAUUCAGGUGAUAUACUUGACUUGGCCUGGUCGCCACAAGAUCGAUAUUUGGCCAGCAGCAGUGUUGACAACACCAUUAUCAUAUGGUGCAUGAAUAAUUUUCAAUCGGUCACAACACUUAAGGGGCACAGCGGAUUGGUGAAAGGCGUCGUUUGGGAUCCGGUCGGUGCAUUUUUGGCAUCACAAAGUGAUGAUCGAACUGUUCGUGUUUGGCGAACGAAAGAUUGGAAUUGUGAAAAAGUAAUCAGCGAACCAUUUGAAGAUUGCGGCGGUACAACACACGUUUUACGAUUGUCAUGGUCACCGGAUGGUCUCUAUCUUGUCUCAGCACAUGCUAUGAAUGGAGGUGGUCCAACCGCCCAAAUUAUCGAACGAAAAGGUUGGAAAUGUGACAAAGACUUUGUCGGUCAUCGAAAAGCGGUUAAUUGUGUGCGCUUCAAUCAAUCAAUUUUCCGACAUAAAGACAAAAAGAAGCAAUAUUGCUGUUUGGCUAUCGGUUCGCGUGAUCGAUGUGUGUCAGUUUGGUGUACAACCUACCAAAGGCCCCUUGCUGUUGUGCACGAUUUGUUCGACGAUAGUAUCUUGGAUUUAUCGUGGAGCCAAAUAAAGGAUCAAACAGUUUUGUUGGCAUGCAGUACGGAUGGUACGAUCGCUUGUAUUUUGUUAUCAGAAGAUGAACUUGGUACAUCGCUCAGUGCUGAAGAUAAGAAUUCGGUGUUUCAACGUGAAUAUGGUAAAACAAUUGAUCUCAAUUUGAGCGAAUCAAGCAUGGAUAAAGGUAUUGUACCGGAAUAUUCAGAGUUUUUGAAUAUUGAUGAAAGUAAAUCGAUUGAUACCGUUAUAUUCAACAAUAACAAAAACAAUGGCACCAAUACCAAUGCACCAUCAAGUAAUAAAAGUGCGUCAAAAUUUGGUGACGUUGAAAGCAGUUCAUUGCCGAUAUCAACCAAAUCGGUUGCAGUUCCACAGAAUACAACACCAAUGAAAGCGAUUGAAAAGCAGAUUGAGACGCGUCGGGCCGACGGUAAACGUCGUAUCACACCGAUGUUUGUGCCACUCUCCGUCGAACAAGACAGUCAUGAAACAACAAAAGAAACACCAUCGGUUGCCGAUUCAACUGGUAAUAUAUCAAAUACAGCAUUGGAGAAAAAAAUGAACGAGCAAAUGUCAAAAGGAAGUGUUGUUUUCGAUUCGGCAUUAACCACUAUCCAAUUAUCAGACUCAAGCACACUAUCAGCUGGCGAGUCUUCCAUUAAUACAUCACCACCAAACAGAAUUAAUACCGCUCAACUAGAUAAUCGUUUAACAAAAGUGCCACCAGCAAGAGCAACCCUCACAAAGGUACCGAUUAAGGAUCCAAGCGAUAUCGAUGAACCAACAUUACGGCGAACGAUUUUGAAAAAUAUCAACGCUGGAAAAGCGGCACCGUACAACAAAGUCGAACUCAAAGUGCUCAACGAACAUCAAAUCAAGAUUCAUAACAAUUUUUCAACCACAUCAUCGGGUCCAAUAUGCAAAGUGACCGGAAUCAUAUCGAAUAAAAUCGAAUGGGAGACGUUCAUUGGAUCGCCCGUUGUCAAUUGUUCAUUGAGUGCCAAAUAUGUUCUCAUUUGCAGUAAAGAUUGUACAAUACGCUUUUUGCACAUUAAAAAUGGUACUCCGGUCUUGCCAAUCAUGCACAUGCCCAGCCCAGUCAUUCAGUGUGUAUUCAGUAUAAACAGCGAUUUAGGUGGCGUUGUCACCGAAUGCGGUCAAAUUCGUGUAUGGAAUCUUACGGAAUGUUCAAUUUUCAUAUCAGCAACAUGUCAUGACCUAUUUGCCAGCACAUCCACAACAGCACCGAUUGUUUCCUACUUCCACGUCACUGAAGUUGGAAUUCUAUACAUUUUGCUGUCAAAUGGAUGUGCAUACUCGUACAAUAAGAACCUUGAAAGCUGGAUCACACUGAAUAGCCGAGAUCCAAUUAUUCGACUCGGAAUUUCAAAUGUACCAAAUAAUCCAGAGAGAAAAAUGAAAAAGUAUCCACUUGGUUUGAUUCAAACAACCACACAAUUGCAACAGCCAAAUAUGCCAAAUUUACAAGACUCACAAAAUGUAUCAUGGGGACAUUCCGCCCGACUAUCAUUCAUCGAAAAUCAAAUCCAGAAUUGCAUAGCGAUCAAGUCUCCGGAUGAAUUAGAGCAUUGGUACGCAGUUCUUGGGAUCCAUUUGUCAAAACACGGUGAUGAAAAACGCAUACGUGCUCACUUGGACGAUCUGUUAGGUACCCCAAACACAUUGAUGAUGGUUGAUGGCGAUGAAGAACCGAAAGAAACGAUCUUGGGCAUUGAAAAGCACAAAUUGCUAAGGGCUAUGUUGAGUCAUUUUAAAUCGGUGACACGAUGGCAACGACUCUACAUUGAAUACUCACAACAAAUACAAGUCUAAAAAUAAAGCAAACACUCAAUAUAAAAAAUAAAUAAAUAAAGCAAAUAUGUGUUUUUUCGAUCAUUUA